ACUAACGUGUGGUGUGGUUACGUGUGUUUUGAAAAGUUUACGGGAAUGGAAAGACACACGGCUCCAUUGGCAUUAAUACAUCCGCAGUAAUUGGUUAAUGUUAACAUUUGCUGUCUUUGGAUAACGUAAGCUUCUUUCGGUUAGCUAACAUUAGCUCAAACCAUUGCGGUGGACAUAUUCCGCAUGAAGAUUGUACCGAUUUCGUUUUAACGUUAAGUGACACGUUGGUUGCAGAUAGUAGGAACCAGGUUCAAUCAAAGUUAUAAAUCCUUUUUAGACUAGCAAAAUUGUCGUUCAAAUAUGGUAUUUUUCACCUGCAACGGGUGUGGUGAAUCCCUGAAAAAAGCUCAGGUUGAUAAACACGUGAACAUGUGCCGGGGUUGCCAGAGCCUGUCCUGCAUCGACUGCGGAAAAGACUUCUGGGGUGAUGACUACAAGAACCACGUUAAAUGUAUCAGUGAAGACCAGAAGUAUGGAGGCAAAGGGUACGAGGCUAAGGCAAACAAAGGAGAUAUAAAACAGCAGCAGUGGAUCCAGAAAGUCCAUGACGCCAUGAACAAACCUGGAGUCAGUGCAAAGCUAAAGGAUGUGCUAAAGGAAGUCAGCUCGUAUGACAACGUCCCUAGAAAGAGGGCCAAGUUUCAGAACUGGAUGAGAAACAGUCUUAACAUAUCUAACACAGGUCUUCAUGAUGAAGUGUGGGACAUCCUCUCUGCAGGUGACAAUCAGCCUCCUCAGGCCCCCCCGGAGACUAAAGAAGCUAAACAGACAGUGGCUGAAGUCAAAGUGGAAACGAAUGGAGACGAAAAGCAGAACGGCAAUCAAGACGCGGAGAAGAAGAAGAAACUUAACAAACGGGAGCGUAAAGAGGCCCGGCAGCAGAAAAGUGGGAAGGCUGUGAAAACUGCUGAAAAGACGGAUGCACAGGAGCCAGGAGAAGGCAAAAAGAAAAAGAAGGACAGGAAGAGGAAGCACAGCAGUGAGGAAGAAGAAGAGGAGGAAGAGCAGAACGGUGCUGGGAAUGAGACAGCCAGCAAGAAAACAAAGACAACUGACCAAGAGGAGGAUGAUUCAACAGAAGAGACAGAGGACCAACAAGUUCCCAAAGGCAAAUUCAACUGGAAGGGAAAUAUCAAGGCAGUACUGAAAGACUCAGAUGACCAGGAGCUGCCCUUAAAGAAACUCAGGAAGAAGGUUUUGGCAGCGUACUACUCUUUCACUGGUGAUGGAAACUUUAGGAAGGAGGAAGAGGUGCUCGCGAUUUUCAACAAGAAGGUCACCAAGAAUCCCAAAUUUAGAGUUUUGAAAGAAAAAGUUAGACUUAUAAAGUAGACCUGUUUGUCCCGCCCGUCUGGCAUGAAACGUAUUGUUCAUAGACUUUUAAAAUGUAAAAGCCUUUGUUGUCUGCCAUCUUCCCUCGGAUGUUUUUGUACAGAUGACCUAAUCUCAAAGAUUAAAUCAUUUUAUAACUGAA